AUAUGGUCACCCUAAAUUAUUUUAAUAACCACUAUCACAAAAAAUCCGCUUGGAUCGUGACAGUCAACUGAAACUUUUCAUUUCAUGAACAACCUAUUAUAGAAUGGACCCUACAAUAUAUAAUAAUACACACUAAACAGUACAGCUAGUACAGUAUGUUUAAAACAGGUUGCACUUCAUAUUUCAGAUUACAAAUCAAGUGGAAAUAAACUAUUGAAGGACCGAACUUUUCACUUCAGAUGUACUAAUCAUCAAUGUUCCUGCAGGUUAUAAUCAGUAAUUCAAAUGUAAUUAUUGAGUUAACAAUCAAUAUUUAACCAUGAAAUGAAACGGUACAAGUAACAAUUAACCGAUCCUAAUACUAAGGUAUUUACAAAAUUAAACAAAACAAUAACGUGUAUCAACGUUUGGCGGACAGCCAGAUUAAUAAGCUACCCGACCUUCAAUUAAUUCACGUCACACUUAUUAUUUUGUGAGUUGAAUAAUAAGUCUUCAAUUAUGAUGAAAAAAAAAGAAAUAUUUAUUCCACUUGGGUUAAUUUUGAUGACAAUUUUAAAAGGAAUGAAAAGUGAUAAACUUGUGAUUGACACGGAUGCUGGUGCUGAUGAUGCAAUGGCAAUUUUGCUUCUUCUAUCGGCGUGUGCCAACAACGACACGAAUUUCGAUAUUGUGGCAAUUACUUGUACCUAUGGUAACACUAAUUUGAGAAAUGUCGAAAAAAAUGUGCUUAAAACAUUAACAAUCGCAAAUCAAUCAAAAAUUCCAGUUUACACUGGUGCUUACAAACCUUUGACCCACAAUCAUACAUCUGAUAAUUUCUUUGGUAAUGAUGGAUUUGGUGAUUUUGAAUUCAAUCAAAAAUUUAUAAGUAAUAUUGAUAGAUCAAAACAUGCAGCAAUUGCAUUAAUUGAUUUAGCUUAUAAGUAUCCGGGUGAAUUGAAUAUACUUGUACUUGGCCCAACAACAAAUAUCGCGCUCGCCAUUUCAUUGGAUCCAAAAUUUGUUCAUAAAAUUAAGCGAUUUUAUAUUAUGGGUGGUAGUGUUAUUGGAAAUGGGAAUAUAAGUCCAGGUGUUGAAUUCAAUUUCGGCUCGGAUGCAGAGAGUAAUUUUAUAUUUCUUAAUUCAACUCGAGGAGAAGUUAGUUUAUUACUACCCUGGGAGACAAAUUUAUCAAUUAAUAUAUCAUCGUUAUGGAGAAAAAAUGUAUUAGGCGGUAUUAAUUCAAAGUUUCUAAAAUUUUUGAAUAAAGCCGAAUCAAAAACUACAGAAUUAUCAACUUGGCAACCUUGUGAUUCUUUAAUUGCAGCAGUAAUUUUGUGCCCAAAAUUGAUUAAAAAAUCAAUUGUUACGAAUAUAACACCAAUUAUGGAAGGUGAAGCACGUGGUGGAAUACUGAUUGAUUAUUCAGAAAAAUCCUACAAGCCAAAAAAUGUUGAAAUUAUUCAAGACGUUCAUGUUGAAGAGUUUCAAAAAAUUCUUCUUUCAUAUUUAUCAUAAAUUUAAAAUAAAAAAAAAUAAAAUAAUGUAUUAGUCUUUUUUAUAAGCCUGCAGCAUUAUAUCAACUAUAAUGGAUCAAUUAAAAUAUCAAAAAAUGUAUUGAUUAAUCAAUUAUAAUAAUAAUAAAAUUAUUGUGAAUAUUUAUAAUUAAAUUUAUCUAUAAAAAUAAUGAAACAAAGACACCCUGACGACCCUAUAUUUUUUACUUGCAGCAAACUGUUACAAAUUAUUAUACCUACACCUUAUUGUAAAUAAUCUCUGACUAUAAAUAUUUUUUAGAUUUUAAAAAUUAGUAGCAAUAGUAGCAUACGUUAUUAUUUCAUCGCCGAGUUUUAUUUAAAUAAAAUAAUUUAUUUUUUACAUUUAAAAACGUUCUAAUAAGAUGGUAAAUGAGUAUAUGAUAAACUCAAAUUAUUAUGAACACACAGUGCAUCACGUAAACUAGACUACCUGCACUACUACAUAUUAUACUACAUUUUAAUCUUUUUAGCACCGUGGCCGAAGUGACACAAAUAAAAACAUAAACUUAUAAUAUAAGCACUUA